UUUUGCGACUGCGUUUACCGUGAAGGCCACUGUGCUCCUAGAACAUGACCAGUUUCUUCUUUAUGUGAAGAUCUCUCUCUCUCUCUCUCUCUCUCUCUCUUGUCCUCCGCCCGCUUCAGGUCGGUUAACCUAGCUAAUCCUCUUAUUGGUAGGGCUGGGCAGCCGAAGCAGCAGCGGGGAUUUACCACGGUUGGUGCUCCCGAAUAAGAAAACUGCGCCAUCAGGGUAAUUUGUACUCGGUAAACUUAGCGAUACAGCCCGGUAGCUGCAAAGGCAGACAUUUCCUCUGCACUCUAUAUACAUCUCUGAGGGUCAUGCUGCGUCUGCCAGUCGUGAAGCGAGCGGUCUCGGGGGUGGCACAGGCGAAGGCCAACAACGUCCGCUCUGUGGCCACACCAGCUGCCAGUAACUUGGUGGAGGUGUUUGUUGAUGGGAAGCCAGUGAUGGUGGAGCCAGGAACCACCGUCCUACAGGCAUGUGAGAAGGUGGGUGUACAAAUACCUCGUUUCUGCUACCACGAGCGACUGUCUGUGGCAGGGAACUGCCGUAUGUGUCUGGUGGAGAUAGAGAAAUCCCCAAAGCCAGUAGCUGCAUGUGCUAUGCCUGUCAUGAAAGGGUGGAACAUACUCACAGACUCAGAGAAAACCAGGAAGGCUAGGGAGGGAGUGAUGGAGUUCCUGCUGGCCAAUCAUCCUCUAGACUGCCCUAUCUGUGACCAGGGAGGCGAGUGUGACCUGCAGGACCAGUCCAUGAUGUUUGGCAGUGAUCGGAGUCGUUUUACGGAGUCCAAGAGAGCUGUUGAGGAUAAGAACAUAGGCCCUCUCAUUAAAACGAUUAUGACACGCUGCAUCCAUUGCACUCGCUGUGUUCGUUUUGCCAGUGAAAUUGCUGGCGUGGAGGAUUUGGGUACUACAGGCAGGGGUAAUACCAUGGAGAUCGGCACCUAUGUGGAGAAAAUGUUUAUGUCUGAGCUGUCUGGGAAUGUGAUUGAUAUCUGCCCUGUCGGAGCACUCACAUCCAAACCUUAUUCCUUCACCUCCCGACCAUGGGAGACCAGGAAGACAGAGUCUAUUGAUGUGCUGGAUGCAGUGGGCAGCAACAUAGUGGUGAGCACUAGAGGAGGAGAAGUGAUGAGAAUUCUCCCCAGACUCAAUGAGGACAUCAAUGAAGAAUGGAUUUCUGACAAGGCUCGUUUUGCAUAUGAUGGGUUGAAAAGGCAGCGGCUUACGCAACCCAUGGUGAAGGAUACAUCUGGUCAGCUGGUGGCCACAUCCUGGGAGGAGGCCCUGACCCGAGUUGCAGGGGUGCUACAAGCCUCCAAGGGCAGUGAUAUUGCAGCCAUUGUUGGAGGCAUGGUGGAUGCAGAAUCACUCAUUGCUCUCAAAGAUCUACUGAAUCGUCUAGACAGUGAAAACCUGUGCACGGAGGAGACUUUCCCCAUGUCUGGGGCAGGGACUGAUUUGCGCUCAAACUACCUGCUGAACACAUGCAUCAGUGGCAUUGAAGAAGCAGACCUGUUGCUACUGGUUGGAACAAACCCUCGUUAUGAGGCUCCACUCCUCAAUGCUCGCAUUAGGAAGAGCUGGCUGCACAAUGAGCUACAGGUGGCAUUAGUAGGGCAUGAGGUGGACUUGAGCUAUUCCUAUAACCAUUUGGGAGACUCAACUCAGGUACUGGAGGAGAUUGCAGCAGGGACACAUCCUUUUAAUGAGAUCCUGUCCAAAGCAAAGCGCCCUGUAGUAAUGGUCGGCAGUGCUACUCUGCAGAGGGAAGAUGGAGCUGCCAUACAUGCUGCUGUAUCUGCUAUCGCUCAUAAAGCUUGUAUCACUAGUGGCAUUCAAAACAGUUGGAAGGUCCUCAAUGUUCUCCACAGGGUGGCAAGCCAAGUGGCAGCCUUGGAUCUGGGAUAUAAACCGGGGGUUGAGGCCAAUAGGAAGAACCCACCCAAAGUGCUUUUCCUGCUUGGAGCUGAUGAUGGGUGUAUUACCAGAAAGCAGCUUCCUAAGGGCUGCUUCAUCAUCUACCAAGGCCAUCACGGAGAUGUUGGAGCUCCGAUGGCAGAUGUUAUCCUGCCAGGAGCAGCAUAUACCGAAAAAUGUGCAACAUAUGUGAAUACUGAAGGCCGUGCCCAGCAGACCCAUGUGGCAGUAACUGCUCCAGGCAUGGCCCGAGAGGACUGGAAGAUCAUACGUGCCAUUUCAGAGUUAGCUGGGAUCACUCUGCCUUAUGACACGCUGGAUGAGGUGAGAGAGAGACUGGCCCAGGUGGCACCGAAUCUGGUGCGCUAUAAUGACGUGGAGGAGGCAAAUUAUUUCAAACAAGCUAAUGAGUUGACCAAAGGUGUGAAUCAGGCUGUGCUGUCUGAGCCACUCAUCCCUCCUCAGCUAACUGUUAAAGACUUCUAUAUGACAGACUCCAUCAGCCGAGCCUCUCAGACAAUGGCGAAGUGUGUGAAGGCUGUGACAGAGGGAGCCCAAGCAGUAGAGGAGCCAAACAUCUGUUGAAGACUGAUAAUACUCUAGACUUGCUGACAACCUGCACUUUAUUCUAGCACCUUAAACAAUCAGUUACAAAACUAGUGACCUAAAGUGCUUGUGAAUGUGUAUUCCCAAAACACACACAGCUAUACGCACAAUGAAAUUAUUGUAAUUUACUCAUGUGUUUUACCAUAAAAUUGUGAAUUUUAGCAUGUGUGAACCUAUGUAGACAUCUGAAAUAAUGUUUUUGUAGCCAUAUUAUUUGUAUAGAUAAUAUAUUGAAAAUGUCCAAAAAGAACCCUCAUAUCAUACAUUAUGUGAAAAGUGUAACAUCACCAGUGUGCAAUAAAAUUAUUUUAAAAAAUGCCCAUAAGAAAA